CACCCGGCAGGCCCCACAGCGACGAAGCAAGACAUAAAACUGUGUCCACCCGAGGGUUUGGGGUUUGGGUUUCCGGGGGUGGUACGGUAUUACAGUAACACCCCAGCAAAGCCAGCAUGCCACCGUAGCACGACCGUACGUGCGAUGGAGUGGUGGCGUUGUACGAGUGUGCUCCAUUCACUGUUUGCACGUCAUCGCGCUCGGUCGGUCGGUCGGUCGGUUGUGUUGGGUAACUUUCACUCGUGAGUCUCGAGUCACGAUCGUCAGUCGGUCGGUGAUUUUUGUGUGCUUUUGUACCAGUACCAGUUUUGCUACGUCACACAGCACAAGUCUUGGGAGGAGAACAUCAGUCUAAGAAAAGGGAGCUUUUAGCUUAAAAUUUAGUUACAACUAAACAAACAAUGAGCAGCAUAGAUUAGGAGUGAGUUGUGAAGUGACGGUGUUGAAGAAGAUUCUGUUGACCGAACUAGCACCAGCGGCGCGUUAUCAGAGUUUGUCAACAGUCUCCACAGAGACUCCCAACAAAAAACACCGACAUCAAAUCGAACGGCCAAAAUGUUCACCACCAGCAGCGGAAUGGAGUGGCUACGAAUCGUUUCCUGCCUUCUAGUGACCUUCACGAUAUUGCCGAUUCAACAGAGCAAUGGUCAGCUAACCCUCGAACAGAUGCGAAUCGUGUCGACCCGAACGAAUGAAUCGCACUUCGACAGCAUGCUCAAAAGCAUCCUUAAACCCCGAAUCGUCGGGACCGCCACGCACAGCGAGGUGAGGCGUAGCAUCGUCCAGGAACUGAAAGCGCUCGGCUUCACCGUGGAGCUGGACGAGUUCAACCAGAAAGCGCCCCACUUUGGAAUGCUCAAGUUCACCAACAUCGUGGGCAAACUGAACCCGGCGGCCGACAAGUACCUGGCGCUCGCCUGCCACUACGACAGUAAGUACUUCCGAGAGCAUGCAUUCGUCGGUGCCGUCGAUUCGGCCGUACCCUGUGCGAUGAUGCUGAACCUAGCGAAAACGACCGAAUCGGCACUGAAGCUUCUGCGCAACAAUACGGACCUCAGCCUGAUGCUGCUGUUCUUCGACGGGGAGGAAGCGUUCCGCAAGUGGUCCGCAACGGACUCGCUGUACGGAUCGAAGCACUUGGCAACCAAAUGGACGACGGCUCCGUACGUUUCGAAGGCGUUGGGUAAAUCGAUGCGUGAAAUUGAUCGCGUCCAGCUGCUGGUGCUGCUGGAUUUGAUUGGAAGCGAAGAUCCGAAGUUCUACAACUUCUUUCCCAACACGCGCAACUACCACCGGCGGUUAAGCAAAAUCGAGAGCAGCCUGCGACAGAACAAGCUGCUGGUGAAGGAUCCCAAGAGUAGCGAGAUGUUUCUCGACCAAACGCUCUACAAUCGCAUCGAAGAUGAUCAUCUGCCGUUCCUGAAGAGAAAUAUCCCAGUGCUACAUCUGAUUCCAGUUCCGUUUCCCAAGCACUGGCAUAAGCCGGAAGACAACGAAGCUAACCUUAGCCGGCCGACGAUCAAGAACGUGAAUGCUAUUUUGCGAAUAUUUAUGCUAGAACAUUUAACGUUCUGUAACAGUAAAUAUGGUCGAUCGGUGCAAACAUGCUUGCAGUAACGAUUGUUCGCACAUACCGUUCACAGUGUACAACUUGAUCUCACCGUGUCUAGUAGCAUUGCUUUAAAGUACGUUUUUGCUUUGUUUUGUGGAAGUUCAAUAAACUAGUCUGUUUAUUUGGUGUGUUUGUCCAA